AUAGAUAGCUAGCUAGCUAGCCAGCUCGAUCACUAGGGUCAGUGAGCUCACCGGCCGCGGCCGGCCACCUCACCGUGCAUAUGGCACGCGCCGCCGUCUGCCUGGCCGUCUUCCUCCUCGCCGUCCUCGCAUCCGUCGCUGCCUCCGACGACCCAUUGACAGGCGCGCAGCAGACAAGCCAGGUGAGCCAUGGCACCACGGAGGAGAGGAGAAGUUCGCCGGUGAAGGAAGACGGAGGCGAGGGGAAGGCGGUCAGCCAGGUCGAGCAAGCCGGCGAGUUGGUGAGCUCGCCGUCGGUGGAGAAGGAAGACAAGAAGCUGGAGCAUCACCCAAGUGAGGAGAGGAAAAUGGGCGAUGACGUCGGCGACACCAGUGAUGAUGAUGACGAUGAUCAUGACUCUGAUUCGGACCAUGACUCGGACCACGAUUCGGACUCCGACCAUGAUCACGACUCUGACGACUCAGAUCAUGAUUCAGAUUCUGAUCACGAUUCAGAUUCAGACCACGAUUCGGACUCUAACCACAACUCCGAUGAUGAUGACGAUGAAGGUGAUGACAGUAAUGACAGCGAUGAUCAAGGUGAUGGUAGUGGUGAUAGUGGUGGUGAUGAUGGUUUUCACAACGAUGAUCACAAAACAAACAAGAAUGCAAUGAAUAAAAAUGAGAAGAAGAGCUCAGCUCCUGGAGGGAGGAAGGUAGGUCUAGGUAACAAGAACUAAUUAACAAAGCAAGAAAGUGAUGGAUAUUGGAAUAAUUGUGUGAGGCUGUGAGCUCAGUGCUUCCUUCACCGAUCAUACUAGCAUGUGCUUUAUCUUUACUUACUCGUCCGAAUGUAACAUGUAUAACUAUGCGUGUGCUUAGUUCUUACCGAAUAAUAUAUCUCCUUUCAAGAAAAUCUAUGAUGAAUAUAUGUAU